UCCUCAUAUACAAAUAAAAUAUACCAUAAAAGUGUCCAUAUAAUUCAACACACAGGCAACGAAAAGAAAUUGACUCAAUCUAGAAAUAGCGGAAAUAACUCACGUCUUUAUAUCGCGUGAACGUGCGUCUUCGUCGUCCCGAAAUAGACAGUUCAGCUCGGCGAAAGAAUGACGUCUGAACGUGAGAACUACGCUUGCGCAAAGACGCGUUAAACUACGUAAGUCCGAAAUAUGAGAAUUGCAAAGACACAAGACGUAUUUUCGUCUAAUUUGCCUGCAAUUAACUUUAAUCGGCGAGCAAUUCUAACAUAGCACGACUGUAUUACUCGCAAUUUGAUCGAUCGGUGAAAUUUGCGUAAGUAUCUGCCGUAACUGUAUAAAAUUACCAAAUUAUAACCGCCGACAAGGAGAAUCUCGCGAAAAUGAAAGAAAAGAAAAAAAUACGGGAAAAAUAACCAGUUGAAAUUUAAUAAUUAAUCAAGUCUGAAUACCACGCGAGGAGGAAAUCAUCAGCGAUAAUUCUGCAGCGCCCGCAGAACCGUUUCGUCUGCGGUGCAAAAUGGUCUUCGCCGGUCAACGCUACUACGACAUUUAUCGAAUUAUGUUAACGAAAAUUGGCUUGUGGCCGUAUCAGAAGCCGAGUAUUUUACAAACGGUAUUCUUUUUCAGUGCAUACAUUUCGUUUAUAUUGUUUCAGCUUACAGUAUUUUUAACGACAAAGUGCGACUUUGGAGAUGUGAUUAACAUAUUUUCGUACAUUCUGCCCAGUUUCGCAUAUUUUAUAUUUUACAAUUGCUUUUACUUCAAUACUAAUGAAGUGAGUACCACUUGCGGUUUUAUUUACACGGGAUUCUUGCACCGUGUGCGAAUUUCGUGUUUCUGUGAGCAAAGGGGAUAUGUAAAGCAGUCGUUGUUCAAACGGCAGAUAAAACAACUGUUGGAACAAAUCAAGAUGGAUUGGAAUACAGUCGAAGACAGCGAAAUGCGAAUAUUGGAGAAAUAUGCCGUUGGGUCUCGUACAAUUUCGUUGAUUCUAGUCUCUGUCCUAACAUUCGGUGGAGUGGUUCUUAUAAUUGUCGAGAUGCUGCCGGUUAUUCUUGACGUCAUCGCACCGAUGAACGUAUCUCGCCCACGCAAGAUUACGGUAGAUUUCGAGAUGUUUCUCGACCAGCAGCAAUAUUUCUACGUCUAUCUGAUACAUGAGAUCGUGGUCGUAAUGGUCGGAUUUUCCACAAUAGUCGCGACAGGCUCAUUACUACUUGCGUUUCUGACGCACUCUUGCGCUACCUAUAAAAUCGCCAGCAUCUUAAUCGGAAAUAUAGUGACUAAACAGACGUUUGAAAUUCCCACCGAUCAGAAAACGCGCGAGAUGUACCGAAGGAUCACUCGUGCCGUGUUUAUGCAGAGAAAAGCUAUACAAUUCACCAAAUUCUUAAUAAAUAGUGUGGAUAAGUGGUUUUUCGUAUUGAUGGGAACCGGUGUGUUGUCUCUGAGUUGCAACCUUCUCCGAUUUCUUACUGCAGUGACAGUGUUAAAGGAAAUAUCUAAUGCGAUAAUAAGCAGCGGAGUGGUGUUUGGCCAUUUUGCAAUUAUGUUUAUAGGUAAUUUUAUUGGGCAAAUUGUUACAGAUCACAGCGCGGGAAUGUUUACUGCUGUAUGUAAUACUACGUGGUAUCUGGCUCCGUUGCCAAUACAAAAGAUGCUGUUAUUUGUCAUGCAAUAUUCUCUAAAGGCUAAUACGGUGAUGGUUGGCGGAAUUUUCAUAGCAUCUUUAGAGGGAUUUUCUACGCUGGUAACUACGUCAAUAUCAUAUUUUACGAUGCUUUAUAGCACAUCCUAACAAAUAAACAAUGGAGGAAUAGUGAUUGCUUUAGGAACGCGUACAUAAAGGUAGUAGGAAAAGGGAUUUAUAUAUAUUGCAUAUAUAACUAUAUCUUCUUAAACAUGCUCUAUACGAAAAAUUGUAUAAACAUUUUAUAAGUCAUCGUGUUAAAAUUUGCACGUGUCAUUAACGAUACUAAUAUAUCGAGAAUAAUUUUAACAUCCAGUGCUUUAACGAAAGUAGUUACAAAUGAAAUAAACAGUGAUGCAUUCAUCUAAUUCACCACAGAAUUCAGAAACAACAAAAAUUUACUAAAUAUAAAGUAUUAUGACAUAUUUAUC